CGCUCACGGCACAGGGCGGAAACCAGCGCGGCGCGGUGUCAGCUGGGUAAAACCGUGUCUCAUCCAGGAAGAAAGGACCAGUGCUGCUGCUUUCUCUGCGAGCCUGCACACUCUCCAUACACUUAUACAGGAUCAAAUCACUGCUCCCGUAAUUUAGCAGUUAUGGCCGAGUUGGCGGGUUUGGUGGCUCGUUUGGAGGUAGCAGUGGGGAGGCUGGAGGGCAUGUCUCUGUCUGGAGGAGGAGGAGGAGGGGCUGCUUCUCCUUCUGGAGGACCUGUGGCCAAGUUUGUGGAGGAGUAUGACGACAUCGUGAGCGGAGCUGUGGCUCAGUAUCUGUCUCUCAGUCAGAAGAUCGGAGGAGACGUCCAGAAACAUGCGGACAUGAUGAAGCAGGGCUUUGCUGCUGUCAGACAGAUCCUUGUGCUCGCCUCCUCACAUCAGAAACCCUCAGACGUAAGUACUGCCAACACUGCUACUGCUAUUACUAUUACUAUUACCACUGCUACUAAUACUACUACUACUAAACUAAAAAAAAUAUAUUAAAACAAUAUCAAGAUU